AUGGAGGGGACAGGCCACGAGGACUCAGACCCCUGCAGGAAGUUGAUUCUUGACCUGUACACUCGGAUGCAGUGCAAAGAGACCCGGGAUGAAACUAGAGACCCUACCUCCAUGGUGACCAAGAACUUUGGAAUGUUCCUGGCGCAAGGUGUGGGUCAGGCUGCCUGUGGACCGCAGGUGGACAGGCUUGAUGCCCCGCCCGUUAGAGCUGCUGCUCUGGCGGUGGCCACAGGGUGUCGCUGUUGA